GUUUUACUGUACAUAUAUGUAAAUACGUACCUAGGUACCUACAUUAGGUAGGUACGUUGCGACUGAAGGUGUGCGCCACCUGAAAGGAUCUAAGAUUAUUUACCGAUUCUUUUCCGACAGACGCGCCCCACGUUCCCUUGUUCAAUCGUAAUAACUGCGACAAAUUCGUCUUCGGUUCUGCGACAAGCAAGAAUUGCUGCAUAAAACGUCGUAAUGUCAGCUGUUCCUCGUGCGAGGCUGCUGAGCCUCAUGAAGGCCCAAUGCGAAGUCUUCUCCACGACGUACAAUCCUGAUGGGAUACGGAUGGGCAACAAAAUCCUGCGACAACGAUUAAGAGGACCGACACUUGCUAAGUACUACCCCCCGAGAGGACCGACAAUUAAUACCCUGGAGAGGGUGUUCAAGCGUUGGAACCUAGAGACCAUCAACGAGGAAGAAGAGGACAGACAGGAGCACUUGGCAGGUGUGAGGUCGCGUGGAAAAGGUGCACCCAGGAAGAAGAGGGGUCCUCCUAAUGCCAAACACAAGUAGAAGCAGAGUUGGUCUUCAUUGCACUUGUACAUAUAUACAAAAGUAACGGCGUUUAUGGAUAUAAAUCAGCAAUUUAUUACUACGAGACACAUAUAUCCCGAAUAUGGAGAAAACCACCACUUCCCAGUAAUCGAUCGAUGCUUGUUGGGGUC